AUGGCUGAGGAUAUCGAUGUCGCUAGCCAUUAUGGCAUCCAAAAUGCCUUUCCAGAUCAGUGGCCCGCUGAACUAGAUGAGGACGACGUUUCCGAAACUGACGAUGUCGCGACAGGGGCUGGUCCCAAAUCCAACAGACGAUCAACGAGAUAUUCGGCGCUUGCUGGACUCAACAGUAGGAGCAUGAGAACGGGUUCCAUGCGGACAGGAGCUUCGGGGGAUAAUAUUUCUGUUAAGGAUGAGCCUGAUCCACUGGGGUCCUCUGACAGUGUGAUGCACAUUCUCAAGCAGCGACGUAUACCUGUCGACGAAGACCCCCGCCUACGAAAUCGAUAUCUUCUGUCUUCGACGUCGUUUUCGCCCGCUCUUUUCCUAGCCCAGGCGCAUCAAAAUGCGUCUACUGACUCGCUUCUUGAAGGCCUUGCAUUCCUUUCGCGAUCCAUCGAUCAAAAAUCGGCAUCGUUGAAGGUGCUCGUCGAAGCCAAUUUCGAACGUUUCGUGCGAGCAAAGGCGACCAUUGAUAGUGUAUACACGGAGAUGCGGGAUCAAGGAGCAGCCAAAGUCAGGCCUCAGUCUCAUCGAGCAAGCGGUCAAUAUCGGUACUCACUCGCCGGUGCCGCGCCUCCGGCCCCGGCGCCAGCGGCGAAAAAGACUGCCCUGACAAAGGAGGCCGAAUAUGGAGUUAAAGGCAUUCGGACACCUUUGGUUGAGGCAUCCGUCAAAGCAGAAGAACUAUGGGGUCCUGCGCUUGGUGGACGAGAUCGCGAGCAGAAUCUUUAUGCAUUAGUAAAUGCGGUCGAAAGGAACCGAGCAGUGUAUGAGGUCGGAGGCAAUAUUGCCAGGGCGAUCAAACAACGAGACUAUCAGUCAGUGUUCGACGAAUAUCGCCGCGCUAAGACAUUGAGGAACGAGGCUAGACAGCUAGCAGAUCGUGCAACAACGCGCGGACGGCAAUUGAUAGACCAAGAGAGCCAUACGAUGUUGGCGACUGGACGAAUGUGGGUGGAUGUUGAACAGCAGGUCGAGGCAUUCAAACGAGACCUAUGGCACCGUCUAAGUGAUGUCAAUGCAUCAUCUUCGCAUAUGACUGCAGCAGGACCGGUUGAAGAGCAUAUGGAACUGAUUGGGGCACUCUUAGAACUGGGUGUGGAGGAUAACCCUGUUUGGAUUUGGCUUCUAAGCCGUUACGACCUCCUUAAAACGAAAAUUGUCACAUUUUGCGAGCGAUCAAGCGUGGAGAUUGAGAUCCUCAGACGACGACUUGCGAUGGGAGAAAAACCUAGCACUCAGGUCAUGACAACGUUUCUGCGGGUAACAACGCGAGAUGGGGCCGAUUCGCAGGAUAGACUCGACACUGAUCAAAUAAUUGAGCUAUGGGAGUGCAUUAAUACCUACUUGACAAAGCUGCUCUCCAUGCAGACCGGCUUACUCGGCGAAGUUACAGAGUUUUGGGAGACGGCUCAGUCUUUCAUUAACGGAAGCAAACAGAAGAUGUUGCCUGCAGGCUUCGAAGGUGAAAGCCGCAAGCACCAUCGUCUUUCCAGUGACGGCGUGAGACAGCUACAGGAUGGAAUCAUCGAGCUCGUUGAUUUGAUUCGCAAGAGUGUUCUAUCUCUAUUCGUUGACCCUCCGCCAGAAGAUAUUUCUCUUUUAGCUUCGCCCCUACCGCCAAGUCCUAUCACCCCCAUUAGCCGUAUCACACCCACAGAAUCUCGCUUCAAACUCGACCCUAAGAAUUUACCUCCUCCAUCACCCCGACGUGGUGAAGCAUGGGAAGAGUUUGCAUUCUGGCCCCCGUAUUCCAACUCCUUGAGUAGCGUUCACUACUUGAGUAAAUUCUUGAUUCUUAUCGGUACGGCUGCAAGUGAUAUGUCCGCAAUGUCUCCAAUAGAGACAGGAAGCACUUCUUAUGAUCGAUUGAAGAACCUUGUCAGCCUUUCUCGCGAGAGGUGUGUAAGAGCUGCUUGCGCUGCAUGGAACAAAGAUGCCGAAAACUGCAAGAUGCUCGAAGACUGGACUCGAGACCCAGAAAGACGGGAACUCACAAAAAUGCCAGGAUUCUUUGUUGCAUUUGAAAGCAGUGUGUUAUCUGGAAUGCAGAAGAUACUGUAUAUUUCGGAAGCAAUGAGCAAGGCUGGGUCAGUCGAUGUUGUUACGCCGCCUCCGGCCAAAUUGCUGCAGAUGGUGCGAACUCAGUUCGUAACCAGUGUCUACAAAGCUCUUAGUGGCCUUGUGGAAAAUGCUGAGCGGCCGGUCAAGAUGGCCGAUGAAGAGGAGUGGGCUUUGAAACCUACUGUUCCAGUGAGGAGUAUUGACGCUGCAUCUAGCAUUAUCACAACGGACAAUGUGGAUGCAAGAAAUAGAAAUAUACGGAUGCUUUUGACACUAUCGAACCUCAAGGCACUUCAAACCGAUUUUGUGCCUCAGCUAGUAUCCAAUUUCGAGACAGCAUUCUCGGUGAAACUGACCGAUGAAGCCAACACCAUCCGAGACGUACUCGGCCAGAUUGAUGAUAGACUUUUUCAAUCAUACACCAACCCGACAAGCGCAACUUUACAUACCAUAAUCCAAGAAGGCAUUACAGCGGCCGACUGGGUUCCCAACACAAGCCGUCCGGAGCAAGUCAAGCCAUACGUAUACGCUACCAUGUUGACGCUCGUCCUUGUCCACACCGAAAUCACAACAACCAUCCCCGUCCAACCAGGAACAUCCCUCUCGUCAACCUCCUCGUCCUCGGCUCAGGCAAACCCGUUGUUGACCAGUGUUCUCACAUAUCUCGUCACUAAAAUCUCCACCUCAUUACUCACCGCAUUUCAGUCUCGCUCCAAAUAUACACUUCCUGCACUGAUGCAGGCCACUCUCGACACGGAAUUCAUAGCGCAGACAAUGGCGCAAUAUGUUACCGAGGAGGCGUCUUCAAUCCAGAGUCAGAUUUAUCUGGAACUUGAUCGACGGACGAACAAUGAGGCUCGGACAAAGUUACAGGCUGAGUUGGGAGAGAUGAGGGGUAUAUUGAAGAAGUUGCGGGAGCAUACCAAGGGCGAAUUUGCAUGUUUUAGGAAAGUGAAGUCUGGUGGUGUCAAGGGGACUACGCAGUAG